CUCCAUCCAUCAUGGCGAUGCAUGCGAAGGCGACCCCACCACAGAUCCCGGACACCCGCCGGGAGCUCGCCGAGCUGGUGAAGAGGAAACAAGAACUCGCCGAGACACUGGUGAAUUUAGAAAGACAAAUAUAUGCAUUUGAAGGCAGCUAUCUAGAAGAUACCCAGAUGUACGGCAAUAUCAUCAGGGGAUGGGACCGAUACCUCACCAACCAAAAGAACUCUAAUAGUAAGACUGAUAGAAGGAAUAGGAAAUUCAAGGAAGCAGAGCGUUUAUUCAGCAAGUCAUCUGUCACGUCAGUUGCAGCCGUUUGUGCACUCGGUGGGAUACCCGAUCACAUGAAUGAGAAACGCGAGCCAGGCAGCGGCACGGAAAGCGACGCCUCUCCGGAUCUCCAGAACCAAGAGAACGAGCCCAGCCAGGAGGACACGGAGGACGUGGACUCAACGCUGCAAGACUUAAAGCCUCAGAAAGCCGCCUCCUCUUCCUCCUCAGGCAGCCAUCACGGGAGCCACAAGAAGAGGAAGAAUAAAAACAGACACAGUCCUUCUGCCAUGUUUGAUUAUGACUUUGAAUUUGACAUGAAGGUUAACAAGAAACCACGAGCUGACUAUUCAACUUAACAAAGACGACUGGAACACCUGGACGCACGCGAGGAGGAGGACGAGGAGGAGGAGGAAGAGGAGGAGGACGAGGACACCUGUAGAGAAACUCAAGAUUUCUGGACUUCAUGAACUUUGUAUAACUUUUUUUAAUUUUAUUUUUCUCGGUUGUCAUAUUUCAGCCUGUACUGUGUAUUGCUUGAAACAUAUCCCCCCCCCUGGUCACGGUUUUAACCUACCAAGUAGAAAUAUGGUGUUGCAUGUUACUCGAGGCCCGACGAGGCCCACCGCUAGUAACACACCAUUUUGUAUAGUGUUAAAAAAAAAGAUUGUAUUUAUUAUGUAGUUAAUUUCCCAUUGUAAGAAAAUGUUGUUGUUUUUUGUUAAGCAUCACAUAGACGUAUAACCCCUGAAUAUCCCGGAUUCUUUUAUUACAUGGUUGUUUUGCAAAAAAUAAAAUCAAAUACAAGUAAAAAAUA